AUGAGAAAUUAAUAAAUAGAAUAAGCUGAAAAUAACUAACAUGAUGCUAAUAUGCAUUUCUCAUAGCAAAACACUGCAGCAGCUGUUGAAAAAAGUUCUCAUUUAAAGAAAUGUGUUGACUUCGAAAAAAUACCAGGUGAUUUUAGGCUUGCUUAGCUACACAAGAGAGCUACUAGGGUUGCACCUGAAAAAAUACUAAAAAGACAGGAAAAGCUUUAAGGUAAAUUAAAUGAGAAAUGUGAUUGUUGUGGAAGAGAUGUUGAGAGGGAAUCACUCAAUAUGAAUUCUGAUGUCAUUCAACUCAGUUAUUUAGGUUCUGGAUAUCCAAUGUUCUUUUAGUUCCAAAAGCUGUCUAUUGCAUUUUUGGCUAUUUUGUUUUGCAUAAGCGGGAUAUUCAAUAUGGUGGUGAAUGGUAAUUAUGGAAAUCAAUGCAUUAAAAAAGGACUUCAAUGCAAAUAAAAUUGGAUUAUUUAAUAUUCUUUAGGAAAUAGAACUGACUUAUUCUAUUCAAUUUAUGUUCAAGAGUGCCUAAAUUUAACAACUGUGUGUGUUUUGAUUGUAUUUAUUUAAAUUAUCAUCUACAAGCAAAGGAGAUUAGAUUCUGAUUGUGAUGACUGUGCUAUUAUAGCUUCUGACUACACUGUUAUGGUCUAGAAUUUCCCUUAAGUUUUUGAAUUUGAAAAUGAAGACAAAUCAAACAAUUUUGAUGUCUAUUCAAAUUUGAAAGAGUUUUUUUAAAAUCCUUUAAAUAUGAAUGGUGAAGUAUUAAAAGUUGUUAAAGUAAACCUAGGAUUAAAGAUAAAGGAUUUAAAGUAAUUAGAAGCAUAGCAAAAAAAUCUUGUAGAAGAAAAAUAGAAAUUGUUAUUAAAGUUGAUAAAAAAAGGUCUUCUUUGUGAUGUUUAAUCUGAUGAGAUUGCUUAGUUGGACAAGAAAAUUUAUUUUAUCAAAAAUAAAAUAGAAGAAUUAGAAGUAAAAUUUAGAGAUGGAAAAGGUAUUUCGUUUAUGAACAAUCAUUUCACAGGUGUAGCUUUUGUCACGCUUGAAACAGAGAGAAUGUAAAAAAUUUUACUUGAUCUUUCCAAACAGACUUGGCUUUCUAAUAGCAAAAAAAUCACACCUUACUUUGGUAGAAUUUUAAGUAUUUCCCCUGCUCCAGAUCCUACUGAAAUUUAUUGGGAGAAUUUGAACACAAGUUAGUUAGAAAGGAAUGUCAGAAUAGCAAUCGGAUUAAGCAUAGACUUUCUUGUGGUAUUCGGAAGCGGUUUGUCUAUAUAUUUUUUGUAAGAUUACCAGUCUACAUAUGCCGAGAAGCACAAAAUAAGCAUAAUCUACAAUAGUUAAAAUAAUAAAGAUGAAAUAACAAAUAUUUAAUUACUUUCAUUAGCUAUUUCAAUAGUAAUAUUUAUCAUAAACUCAAUCUUAACAGUUCUUGUUAGACAAGUAGCUAAAUUCAAAAAAUUCUAGACUAGAACAUACUACAACCUUUCUUUUGCCUUCUUUUUAAGCUUAGCCCAGUUCACUAAUGCCACACUUGUACCUUUUAUAGUUUCAUUCAUCGUUAAUGAAAGCACUAACUAUCAAAUGCUUUAUGGAGCUUCAGGUUUGAUUCCGAAUCAAAACAUCAUCUUUAUGGUUAACUCUUUUCUACCAAUACUUUUCUUUUUCUUAGAUUUUGAAUAUAUCUUAAAGAAACUAUAGAGAAAAAGUGAAGAAAAGAAGAACCAAAACAGUAUUUUGACUUAACAAGAGCUUUUGGAUCUCUACGAAGACCCUUAAUUUACUAUUGAAGCAGAGUAUUCUUAGGUUAUGAAUACUUUAUUAAUGACUUUAUUUUAUGCAACUCCAUUACCUAUUUGUGUUUUAUGGUCAAUAGCAGGUAUUAUCAUUUAAUAUCUCAUAGCAAAAUACAACUUAAUCAAUAGAAGAUCUGCGCCCUUCAAUAUAGGCUCUUCUCUUAGUUAAGUAAUGAUCAACCUCUUGAAUGCAGGCAUACUUAUAUUUGCUUGUCUCUCCUACGUGUUUAUUUAUAUGUCGAAAGAUAAUGCAGAUAAUAACUCGCAAUUUAUUUCGUUAGUGGCAAUAAUUGUCUCAGCUGCUCAUUUUGUAUUACCAAUUCAUGUCAUUAAUAAAGAAUUAAUCAAAAUAAAACCUAGAAAACCAGAGAACAUUAAAAGUUAUAGAUAAGUCUAUGGGGAUUUUUCAACUGACUAUGAUAGGGCAAACCCAGCAACAAAAAGACUGGCAAGCUAGAAAUUCAUCUAAGAAUAAGAAAAUAUAAACUGGUAUAAAUAAUUCAUCAGAUUUGAAUCUAUAAAAAUUGCCUCAAACAGAUAAAAACAAGAGAACAACAUAAAUAUCAGCAAUUCAAAUAUCAAAAUAGAAAUGAACUCAGAAACAUAUUAAAAAAAACAAUUUAAUCAAGAAAAGAAAAAUGAAGAUUAAUAAAAUUAAAUAGCUAAAAGAUAUUCAUAAAGUUCAUAGCAAAUAGAAAUUAUUUUGGAGUAAAAUAAUAAGUCUGACAAAAAUUAUGAAUCAGAAUUAAUAAUUGAAGCAAUUAAAAAAUAAAAUCAAGAUGCUUGCAUUUAAAUACCAAAUCAAGACAAAGAAAGCGAAAGUGGCAGCGAAUCCUAAGAAAAUUAUAAUUCACAAUCUUAAAAUUCUUAAGACUAAUAAAUACAAGUAGUUCCAGCUUUUAAGUAUUAAAUUAAUUAAUUUGAAUGA